AGGAGACAACAACAAAGAAAAAAUUUUGCAGCGGCUGUUUUUUUUUCAACUGCGUACUAUAAUAUAACAGGUCUCAGUGGUGUCGUAGUGGGUUCAAGAAGUCCAUGGGUAGAAGCCAUUUGUUUAAGAAAUGGAGCAAAAAAAGUAGAAUUUAGAUACGAAGGAAAAUUCGAUUUUAUAAUUUCAUUCUCCAGCAUAGAGCACAGUGGUCUGGGUCGGUACGGCGAUCCCCUAGAUCCGAUUGGAGAUAUUCGUGAAAUGCAAAAAAUAUGGUGCCUUUUAAAAGAUAACGGUCUAGUUUUCCUUGGUUUACCGACAGGUAUAGACAGCAUUUAUUUCAAUGUGCAUAGAAUUUACGGAGAAAUACGACUACCUAUGAUGUUUGAAGGGUUUGAUCUUCUCGACAUAUUUUAUGGAAGAAAUCCAAACCCUAUAAACUUAUGUACACAGUACUUUCACGUGAACUGUGGGUCUCAAUAUGUAUACGUGUUACGAAAACAAAAAUCGAGUUAA